UUGCCGGCAUCUAAAAAUAUGCAACCAGAUGAAUGGUGGAAAUUAUUUGGACAUAGUGCGCCUCACUUGCAAAAAGUGGCUAUUCGACUCCUUAGUCAAACUGCUUCUUCAUCAGGAUGUGAACGUAAUUGGAGUCUCUUUGAGCGCAUUCACACUAAACGAAGGAACAAAUUGGAGCAUCAAAGGUUAAAUGAUCUUGUGUAUGUGACUUAUAACUUACGUUUACGACAAAGACAUCAACACAAGAAAAGGAGCUAUGAUCCGGUUGAUUAUGAUUGUAUCGAUAAGACGGAUUUUUGGGUAGCGGAAGAUGAAUGUCCUCCCGAACUUGAUUAUGAAGAAAUCAUGGAUGAUAAUGUUUAUGGAGAUGAUGCUAUUCCUAUAUUUGAUGAUCGUCAUGGUCAAGAUGACAUGGAUAUCCAAGAAGAAGUAAAUUUGCAAGAUUUUGGUGAUGUUGGUGGUGAUGUUGGUGGUGAUGUUGGUGGCCAUGCAAGCUUUGAUCAAAGAUUUGAUGGAAAUGAUGAUAUUAAUUUGAGUUUUGAUCCAAGUUCAUGGACCUAACUCAUGUUAGUUGUGUUUGUCUAUUUGAAUACUUGGGUAAAUCUUUUGAUUAUGUAUUUGUGACUAUUUUGUUAUACUUGGUAUGUGUUUGUUUUGACUUUUGAGUGUGGA